CUCUCUUUUCCUUCGCUGUCGUUGCGGAUCCCUCCGGGGAAGUACCGACUUCGUAUAGCAGGAAAUGUGCCUCGCGUGCCAGCGCCUGCCUCCCUGUCCCCAAUGACUUAAAGCAGGGCCCGAUCCGCCGCACUUCCAUUUCGGGUCUCUUAGUGUCAUGCAGCUAUGCGGACAACGCUCGUUUCUGCCAUGGCCUCGCUGCGGGAUGUGCUCGUGGCUGCUCUCAAGUCUCUCCUUCGCGGCCGGUCGUUUCUAAAAGCACUCUUCGCCUUCUGGUCAACUGGACCCGUCACCCCUGUCGUUCCGGGCAAGACGCAAGAUGUCGGCGCCACCAAGCCCCAAACCGACCCGGCCGGCGAGUUCCUGGCCGAGGCCGAACAACUUCUCCUGGGGUACAUCGCCGCUGGCGGCCUGAGGCGGUUCUCACGGAAACUGAAGCGCCAGUUCCGCGAGCGUCUGCGGUCGAACCCGACCUGCAUGCUACCCUCAUACAACUCCCAGCUACCUACCGGCCACGAGUCUGGCCGCUAUCUCGCCCUCGACGUUGGCGGAUCGACACUACGCGUGGCCCUGGUGGAGCUAAGAGGGCGUGAGGCACCCGGAGCCGACAGUGGCAUCGUCAGGAUGGACUCCUUCAAGAUCGACAGCGACGUGAGGAAUCUCAGGGGGGCCGCCUUCUUCGACUGGAUGGCCGAGAGGAUACACCGGACGGUGGCAAGUGACAUUGCCAAGGGCCACGGCCCAGAGAACCCGCUCUUGGUCGGGCUUGCCUGGAGUUUCCCCAUCGAGCAAACUUCAUCAAGAGGUGGGAAACUGUCAGGCAUGGGCAAAGGCUUCCUCGCCAAUGACGGCCUCGUUGGCGAAGAUCUAGGCGAGAUCAUUAAGACCGCCUGCCGCAAACAGGGAUUGCAUGUUGAGCUCUCGGCCAUCGUCAACGAUUCAAGCGCCGCACUGCUCUCAGAAGCUUACGGCACCCCGUCGACGCGCUUCAGCCUCAUCCUCGGGACAGGCGUCAACAUUGCCGUCCAUCUGCCCGUGCUGACCAUCGACCGGCCCAAAUUCGGCGACCGGCCCGCCAGCUGGCACGAGAAAGCAAGCCACGUGAUAGUGAACACCGAGCUGGGCAUGUUUGGCCACGACAUCCUCCCGCUGACAAAGUGGGACAAGCUGCUCAAGGAUGCGCAUCCCAGGCCCGACUUCCAACCGCUCGAGCAACUCGUCAGCGGAUACUACCUCGGCGAGAUCUGCCGGCUCGCCUUGCUCGACGCAAUCCCCGCGGCAGGCGUCUUCGGGGGCGUUGUCCCGCCGUCUCUCCUCACCCCGUACUCCCUCGAUACCGAAACGCUCUCGCUAAUCGAAGCCGACACCACCCCAAGCCUGUCAAGCGCCAUUUCAACGUUCGCCGCCCGCCAUCCCACGCCAGACUACCACCCCACGACCAAUGACAUCCGCUUCUUGCGCAGCCUCUCCUCCCUCAUAGCUCGCCGCUCCGCCUCCCUCGUAGCGGCCUCCCUUUUCGCGCUCUGGGAGCUCAAAUCCGAAGCCGAACAGGCGCUCCUCUCGUCUCUGUCCGAAACGACUACAACGCCGUCUCCAUCUUCCUCGUCAUCACCGCCCUCGUCGUCAUCAUCAUCAUCAUCGUCGGCCUUCGCGGCAGAGACGGCAGCUGAGCUGCAGCUCGCGCAGGGCACGACCACGGUGGCGUUUAACGGCAGCGUGGUGGAGCAGUAUCCUGGGUAUAGAGGGUAUCUGCAGGGCUUUGUUGACAGGUUACUUGAGGAAGAGGAGGACGAGGAUGGGAACGGUGGUGGUGCUGGGCAGAGUAAAGGGAAGAUCGCGUUGGUGGAGGCGCGGGAGAGUUCGCUCCGGGGCGCGGCCGUAGCGCUGGCUUGUUUAUCUUGACGGCGAGGGGGGUGGUGCCCGCCGUGUCGUGGCAUAGUCAGCGAAGCUGCGUGAGGCCGGGGAUUAACGACGUAGUAAUCUUGGAAGAUGGAUGCCCUGAGCCGAUAUCAGCGAGCGGCUGAUGAUGCCGGCGACGAGAUUUCACAAACCUUACUAUAUAU